AACGAGUAGAGGGAGGACAAGCCAGCGACAACAGGUGGGUGACGACAUGAACGCUCUCCGCUGGACCAGUUGCUCACAACACGAGUCAUUACUGCCAUCGCCUGACAUCAUAAGGCUGCUACCAGCUGAACAUUAGCAGGGAGAAAGGAGAGACAGUGUUGAAGGAUGUGCUGCAGUGUUGGCAAAGUCUGCUUCUGCAUCGAUCUCCGCAAGGGCGUGGCAACGAUUUCCUGGGUCUGGCUGCUUGGGGACGCCAUCUUGCUGAUCGUGACAUCGAUCCUGACGAGACAAGCUUGGGAAGCAAUGAUACGCAACAGUUGGAGGAACGAAACAGAAAGAGAGGAGAGAGAUAAGAAAGCCAUCAUCUUAGCAGCUUGGUUCUGGUUGGCGGCGGUGGGCAUUGCGCUGUCAGGCUUGGGUGUUCUCCUCGACUUCAUGCUGGUGAAGGGAGCCACUGACGUUAAGUCUCCGCCGCGGAAACGGCGCAACUUGCUUCAAGGCUGGAUGGCGGCCUACGGCGUGGUGUACGCGCUCGGGGUGGUGACCGCCGCCUUGAGCGUCCCCGUCUUGUUCCUCCUCCGCGCUACCCCGCACCACGCCUUCGCCACGGCCGCCGGCAUCCUACUGCACGCAGGGCUGAUGAUGUACUUCUGGCUGAUGGUGCACAGCUACAGCCAGGAGCUGGCCUGUGGAGCUCGCCCCGCGGAAGGGAACGGCUACUGCACGGUGCCUGCAGGGGUCGCCACCCCUACCCAGGGGACCUACUGCGACGCGGAUGGCAUGGCUCUGACGCCGACGGCACCACCAUGCUACACCAGCGUCGCAUAAGGAUCACCGUGUGAGCCGUGUAAGGGGACCACGUCUCCAGGCAGCUUCAGCUGAUCGCAGCCUUGAACGGACCUCAUCGCUGAACUGUCACCGUGAUUGUCUCUGGAGGCUCGGCCUGGACCGCUUGACGAUGCAGUGUUGUCAUCAUCCACGAAAAGACUGUCAAACAUAUCGCCUUAAACGCAUUUUGACAGUGGGUGUAGUAGUAUCAUGAAAUGUCUUGAAGACGCUCUACACUUGUUUGAUCUUUCUAAAACGAGUAUUCUACAUUACUUUGAAGGUACAGGUCCAGAAAUGCAAAUAGUAAGUAUGUAUCAAUCCAAUGUCGGCAUAAUAAGACACAAACAUCAAGGACCUUCACGAUAGUCAUAGCAUGGUUGAAAUUUAAUCAUGUCCGCCCCCCCGGUAGCUGAGUGGUUAACCGGCACGGUAGCUCAGCGUGUUCGGUCAGAGGGUUUAGCUAUCCUCUGUAAUAAAAAAAAAAAAAAAAAAAUUGAGUGAACGGAUGAACGAGUAACCUGAACGGGUGUCAUCGCACGUCCGCCACGAACAAAUUCAACGAACACUAUAGAACAAAAUGAGAUUAUAUAUAUAUAUAUAUAUAAAACGGUCAGCGCGACAGACUAUAUAUAUAGUGGUCAGCGCGACAGACUGUCAAUGCUAAGGGCCCGGGUUCGAUUCCCAACUGGGAGGAGAUUUUUUCUGCUCAGGGACCGGGUGUUAUGUUGUCCUAAUCCUCAUAAUUUCAUCCCCAUCGAAGCGCAAGUCACUGAAGUGGCGUCAAAACGAAAGACUUGCACCCGGCGAACGGGAGGCCCUAGUCACACGACAUUUUUUUAAAUUUAAUCAUUGGAAGUUCAAUAAAUACCUUUGUCGGUUCAACGUAAGCGAAACCCCUCUAUGUGCUUGCGGAGAGGAAGAAGUUCCAAAUCAUAUAUUUCUACAAUGCCCUCGGAACAGUUAUCACAUAAACUUUAUAAAAGACAUCAUAUUUACGCCAGUGACUGUAACACUUUCUUUAUUUCACGAUUGCAAUUUUAGCCUUAGGCCAUUAUCAAGUGAAGAUGUUAUGGCUAUUAGGCCAUGUCAACCAAAAAUGAGCUAACGUCUUCACUUGAUAAUGGCUUAAGGCCGUAAUUGCGAUCGUGAAAUAAAGAACGUGUCACUGGCGUAAAUAUGAUGUCUUUUAUAAAGUUCUACUUGACUGUGGAUCCCAGGUAUUAAGAGUUUAUUAAAUAAACAUCCUUGCUAGUAAUCUUCGGGCUUUUGGUCUAAUCUAAUGCUCUUGAUACUUUCAGUGCCAAGGGAAGACCAAAGCUCAGUUAACUAACUAUUUUCCUAUGUGCUACUCAGUACAAUUUGCAACGCUCAGCCUCUAAAUGUAUGUCACUAUGUACCUCCUAUUUGUAAGAUCUGAAUGCUGGUGUAUCUACACAUAUGGCUAUAAUACACAACUCUGGCUCUUGGAAAGUGUUCUCCUGUUCUGUCUAGAUGGUACUUAAAGGCUUGCAAAAAUAUUCAAUUCUCUAUCCGCAGCUUUUGAAACAAUUCUCACAAAACAUACAAAGAACAUUUUACGGUCUCAAUGCGUACCAACGGAAAUUUAUCAUUUUUAUUAUGUUACCAGUAGGAUUUGUAUAGUAUACUACCACUGUGUUUCCUGCGUUCCAUUUUCGUGUUGUUUACUCGUUUUAGUAUUCUCUGAUUGUAAAUCUCGUUUCAUGUCGAAUCAGUCCUUUGUUAAUCCUAUGUAACUUCGUACCAGGGUACGACUUGAAAUAAUUUCUACCACGAAUUGUCAAAACAAAUUUAAUUACACUUCCUGUGAUGAGAUGACUGUAUGACACGUUUCGAAAGGCAAUAAAUGUAAAACAUCCCAUCUAGUAAGGCUACCAAGCCGGCGAAGAAUACGGAAGUACUCACGUUGCCAUGCUACUAAAAAUGUUUUGUUGUAAGAGUAAUGUGUAUUAUCAGAGUCCGUGCCGAUGUAUCAGUUUUCCAGUAAAGAAGACGUUAUAUAUAAUAGAUGUAAAUAUGAGAGUAUUUUAUUAAUAAAA